CUCCAUGAUAAAAAAAAAACAGGAUUUAAAUGCUCAGUCGGAGUGUACACUUUUAGUCUUUUUUCAUCUAACGCGGGAGCAGCAUCACUCAUAUCAAGGGAAACUGCUUGACAUUUUUUGGCUCAUAUUCCAUAAACGACAACACAGCCAAAGUCAUGUGUGGGAUCUUUGCUUACCUGAAUUACCAAGUGCCUCGCACCAGAAAGGAGAUAUUUGAAACUUUAGUGAAGGGACUACUGCGGCUGGAGUACAGAGGGUACGAUUCAGCAGGUAUUGCUGUGGAUGGCCCGAAGAAGAUGACAGAUAUCCACAGCAACAGCAUCUGUCUGAUCAAGAAGAGGGGAAAGGUCAAGGCACUGGAUGAGGAGCUCUACAAGAAAGACUCACUGGAUCUGGACGAGGAGCUCGGCACACAUUUUGGCAUUGCUCAUACACGCUGGGCCACACACGGAGAGCCAAAUGCUGUCAACAGCCACCCCCAUCGCUCCGACAAAAACAACGAGUUUGUUGUCAUCCACAAUGGCAUCAUCACCAACUACAAAGAGUUGAAAAAGUACCUGAAAUCCAAAGGCUAUGAGUUUGAGUCGGAAACAGACACGGAGGUGAUCCCUAAAUUGAUCAAAUAUGUGCACGACAACCGAGAGAACGACAGCGUCUCCUUUUCUACUCUGGUUGAGAGGGUCAUUCAGCAGCUGGAGGGAGCCUUCGCCCUGGUGUUUAAAAGUCGUCAUUUCCCUGGAGAGGCAGUGGCCACCAGGAGAGGAAGUCCAUUGCUCAUUGGGGUGCGAAGCAAGUAUGAGCUGCCCACAGAACACAUCCGAAUCCAGUACAACAGUGCUCCGAACCACUCAGUCCUGAGGGACUUCCCAAAUACCCCAAAGGGGGAAGAGGCCACUGGGGCAUCAAUGCCCAGAGCGCUCUUCAAGGAAGGAGUGCAUGAGAAGAACAGCCAUAACCGCUCUGACAACUCCAACAGCCUCAACUCUGUGGGGGAUGAAACGGCUGUGGAGUAUUACUUCGCCUCCGAUGCCAGUGCCAUCAUUGAGCACACCAACAAGGUUCUGUACCUGGAGGAUGAUGACGUUGCUGUGGUGAGGGAGGGGAAGCUCUCCAUACAUAGGAUGAACCGCCAGGCUGGAGAAGACCCACUCAGGGCCAUCCAGACUCUACAGAUGGAGCUGCAGCAGAUCAUGAAAGGUAACUUUAAGGCCUUCAUGCAGAAAGAGAUCUUUGAACAGCCAGAGUCAGUGGUCAACACUAUGAGAGGCCGGAUCUGUUUUGACACCAACACAGUGAUUCUCGGGGGUCUUAAGGACCACCUGAAAGAGAUCAAACGUUGCCGACGCCUGAUCAUGAUUGGCUGUGGCACCAGCUUCCAUGCCACUGUGGCUACCAGACAAAUUCUAGAGGAGCUGACAGAACUGCCAGUCAUGGUGGAGCUGGCCAGUGACUUCCUCGACCGCAACACGCCUGUGUUCAGGGACGAUGUUUGCUUCUUCAUCAGCCAGUCAGGUGAGACAGCAGACACCUUAAUGGCGUUGCGCUACUGCAAAGAGCGAGGUGCUUUGACAGUGGGAAUAACCAACUCAGUGGGCAGCUCCAUUUCCAAAGAGACCGACUGUGGAGUCCAUAUCAAUGCUGGGCCUGAGAUAGGAGUGGCUAGCACAAAGGCCUAUACUAGUCAGUUUGUGGCUCUCAUCAUGUUUGGCCUGAUGAUGAGUGAGGACAGGAUCUCCCUCCAGAAAAGAAGGCUAGAGAUCAUCAAUGGUCUCAAGAUGCUCCCUGAGAUGAUAAAGAAGGUUUUGUCUUUGGAUGAGAAAAUCAAGGACAUAGCAGAUGAGCUGUAUGAGCAAAGGUCUCUAUUGGUCAUGGGCCGAGGUUUCAAUUAUGCCACUUGCUUAGAGGGCGCGCUGAAAAUAAAGGAGAUCACGUACAUGCACUCGGAAGGUAUCCUGGCUGGAGAGCUGAAACAUGGCCCUCUGGCCCUCAUCGACAAACAUAUGCCAGUCAUCAUGAUCAUCAUGAGAGAUGCCUGCUACGCUAAGUGCCAAAACGCUCUACAUCAGGUCACAGCCCGAUCGGGGCGGCCCAUCAUCCUGUGUUGUCAAGAUGACCCAGAAGUGACUAAGAAUGCCUACAAGACAAUUGAGCUGCCCCAGAUUGUGGAUUGCUUGCAGGGCAUCCUCAGUGUCAUUCCCUUGCAGCUCAUGUCAUUCCACCUGGCUGUACUUCGAGGAUAUGAUGUCGACUGUCCUCGAAACCUGGCCAAGUCUGUGACUGUGGAAUGAUCACAGGAUACAAGCACAGAACAGGAGACAAGAGAAGUUCUAUAGAUUUAAAGUGCAAUCGUGUGUGUGUGUGUGUGUCUGAGUUUAUGUGUGUGAGCAUAAUGUCUGUGUCUCUGCCUGCCUGGCAUGUGUGUGAGUCAGUGCAUGAAACAAACAGAGUGAGAGUAAAAGAGUUAGAGGGAAUGUGAGACAAAAAAGGGGGAUAUAUGGUAUGAUGUCAUUUUUAUAGCAGAGAAAUGUGAAGCCCAACCGAUACACUGUUGAGGAGGUGCCAGUGUCCUUGAAGUAUUACAGAACGCUCUGUGAAGCAACAUUACAACCACACAGAAAGCAAUAUACUGUGCCUUUUACCAAUGUUAAGUUGAGCCAAAAUAUAUGCAAAAGGCUUAGUAAUAAAUAGACUGAUAUGGUAUAUUGAAGUGUUUACAGUUGUGCAAUAUAGGGACCAAAUGCGCAAUAUGAAAGUACACAAUGUACACAGCAUGAGGCGAUUCAUUCUCUUCCUGUUUGUUAUGUGCUACAUGGACACUUUUCUUUCUUUCCUUUUGCAUCAUGGGAAAUGUAGGAUUUGUUUAACUAGACUUGUAUCUCAUCUCAUCUUCACAUGUUGCUGCAACCACACAUGCCUUCAAUGUGCAUGAUGCUCUAUUGACUCACAACCUAGUUAAACUGAGGGGAUGCCGGGGUUUCUAUUUACUAAUGACAUGGCACUUUGUUUAUAUUCUUACUGAUUGUUAAUUCUGUCCCAUUAUAUCAUGUUUCUUUUAUGUAUUCCUGUUCUUAUCUGUCUUCUUGCCUUGUGUCUCCACUAAAUGUUACAAAUCUAUUCAAUAUAUUUAGCCAGUCAUCCACAGAAGUUUAGGGGUCCAAAGUCAGUUCGUGUUGGGGAAUGAUUUUUAACGCAGACAUCGAUGAUAUGACUUUUCUAUGCCUUCAGAUUCUCUACAUCCGUUUAAAUCCAGGUGUCAAGGGGUGAUGCACUGCCGCACAGUAGACUGAAAGGUUUUUAAAGAGCAGUGCUCAGACAGUGAGGAAACCAUGCCCCGUGACUUUUAUCAGAAAUGUUUGCUUUGUCAGCUUUUUGUAAAGGGUUUAUCACAAUGAAAAUGUUCUAUAUUUAACUGGUUAUUAUUUUAUCGGAGUAACAGAAAGUGGGUUUGAUUGCUGUCAAUAUGAUUGUAUUUUGUACUGUUUAUUUUAUAGCGAACAGACUCUAUCAAUCAAUAAAUAUAUAUAUAA